CCCCGCCCAGCCCCGCCGGACGGCCAGCCCUCGAGGAGAGGCAGCCAGGGGACCCUGCCCAGGACCAGGGCCUGAGGGCGGCCCUCCCCCGCUCCAGAGGGACCUGCCGCUGGCAGCCUCGCGGGGCCGGCUUCCAGGCGGGCGGCGAUGAUCCUCGAGGAGAGGCCGGAUGGCCAGGGCGCCGGCGAGGACAGCGCCCAGCUGCAGGCGGCCGGCGGCGUCCGCAAGGUCUCUGACCCCACGGCACAGACUCGGCACAGCUGGCUGCAGAGUCCCAGGGCCCGGAUACGUCAGCAGAUCAGCAAGGAGCUGCGCAUGCGGACAGGGGCCGAGAACCUCUACAGAGCCACCAGCAACGACCGGGUCAGGGAGACCGUCGCCUUGGAGCUGAGCUACGUCAACUCCAACCUGCAGCUGCUGAAGGAGGAGCUGGAGGGGCUCAGCAGUGGCCCAGACACGCACCGGCCUGAGGGCGAAGGUGUCACUGUCCCCAUGAUACCCCUGGGCCUAAAGGAGACCACAGAAUUGGACUGGGCCACCCCGCUGAAGGAGCUGAUUUCAGGGCACUUUGGAGAGGACGGUGCCUCCUAUGAGGCGGAGAUCAGGGAGCUGGAGGACCUGCGGCAGGCCAUGCGGACCCCCAGCCGAGACGAUGCGGGCCUGAGGCUGCUCGCAGCCUACUACAGCCAGCUCUGCUUCCUGGAGGGACGCUUUUUCAGCCCUGCCCGGAGCCUGGGGCUGGUCUUCCACUGGUACGACUCUCUCACGGGGGUCCCUGCACAGCAGAGGGCCCUGGCGUUUGAGAAGGGCAGCGUGCUGUUCAACAUCGGGGCCCUCCACACACAGAUCGGGGCGCGCCAGGACCGCUCCUGUGCUGCGGGUGCCCGCCGGGCCGCUCAGGCCUUCCAGCUGGCUGCUGGGGCCUUCGGCCUCCUGAGGGAGAACUUCUCCCAGGCACCGAGCCCAGACAUGAGCACCACCUGCCUCUGCGCGCUGGAGCGACUCAUGGCCGCCCAGGCCCAGGAGUGUGUCUUUGAAGGCCUUUCACUGCCAGCCCUGGCCCUCCCCCACGACUGCCUGGCUCAGCUGCACCUGGCUCAGGAGGCGGCCCAGGUGGCAGCUGAGUACAGGCUUGUGCACCAGGCCAUGGCCCAGCCACCCGUCCAGGACUACGUGCCUGCCUCCUGGACCACCCUGGUGCACGUCAAGGCUGAACAUUUCCACGCCCUGGCCCACUAUCACGCAGCCACAGCCCUCUGUGACGGCUCCUUGGCGGCUGAAGGAGAGCUCCCCGCGUGUGAGCAGGUCUUCCAGCCCCCAACCCCUGGCGAGCCCCACAGCCCGGCGCUGCCCCAGCAACCCGAGGAGCGCAGAAAGCUUGCCAAGGCCCACCUGAAGCGCGCCAUUCUGGGCCAGGAGGAGGCGCUGAGGCUGCAUGCUUCAUGCCGUGUCCUGCGCAAGGUGGACCUGCUGCAGGCUGUGGUGGCCCAGGCACUGAGGCACUCGUUGGCCAAGUACUCGAAGCUCGAGCGCGAGGAUGACUUCUUUGAGGCCGCUGAGGCCCCAGACAUCCAGCCUAAGACCCACCAGAAGUCCGAGGUCAGGGUGCCCAGCCUGUCCUUCAUGAAGGUGGCCGACAUCUUUCACCGUCUGGGACCCCUGCCCGUGUUCUCAGCCAAGAAUCGGUGGCAACUGGUGGGGCCCAUCCACCUGACCCGGGGAGAGGGCGGCUUCGGCUUCACGCUUCGGGGAGACUCGCCCGUCCUUAUUGCCGCUGUGGUUCCUGGCGGGCAAGCUGCGGCAGCUGGCCUCCAGCAGGGUGACUACAUCGUGUCUGUGAACGGGCAGCCCUGCAAGUGGUGGAGGCACGCGGACGUCGUGACGCAGCUGAGGGAGGCGGGCGCGGCGGGCGUGAGUCUGCAGGUGGCUUCAAUGCUGCCCAGACAAGAGCCACGCAGCACAGGGGACCACCAGCCAGCUCUGCUGGGCCCAGGGAGGCUUCCGAGGAGCCGGAGAGCGUGUGGCUUCGAGAUGCCAGCACCCACCCGUGCCAGUCCCCAGCCCCUCCUUGUCUGGAGCCGCAGGGCCAAGCAGGGCAAGCCCCGGGGCCGCCCCCCACCCUGCACUGGUGGGGACUGUGGCACCUGUCCCUGAGUCAGCCAUGGUCCCUGCAGCCUCCAAGUGCCCAGCGUGUCUCUGAGGACUGGAAGCAGCCCAAGCCUUCUGUUUCUCACCCGCAGGGACCUUCAGGCUGUGCCUGCCCUGCUCGGGGCCAGAGCUGCCCAUUAAAGACUCUGGUUAGACAAGCCAGAUCAGAGCCCAGGGCUGGGGCCACGGCCACCUCACCAAGAGGAAGCGCCCCUGCCCUUUGGGCACAAGGCUCAUACAGCCACUGCUCCGAGGAGGGCAGGGGGGUGGGGUGAGGGGUCUCUCCCGAGAGAGGCUGUAGGCGCUGGGUGGGGCUCUACUCUACAGCAGGCCCCUGGCCCCAGGUAAUCCUGUCCACAUCCUCAGAGCCCUGUCCACCUUGCUGCUGCCCUGGCUGCAGCCUCACUUCAGCUGCCCUGGGCUCCAAGCCUCCACCCAGCCCUCCAAAGGCCAAGCUUCUGCCUCAUGUGGGGUUCUGCUCUGGGAACCCCUGGACUGUCCUCAGCCCAGCUGGACAAAGCUAGGCCCCCUUGCCGAUGGGCUGCUCUCGGUAUAGGGUCCCAGCAAAGGCCCGUUGUUCUCCGGCCCUUGUCUGCUGCCCAGGAAGCACUGGCAAAGAGACUGAGCCCCCUGGUAGCCUGCACUUGCUGUCUCUGUGUCCAGCCCCACCUGCCCGCCAGGGCCCUGGCAGCCCUCCGAUGAGCCUCCAUGGGGCAGGAGCAGUGAUCCCCAGGUCCCUUGGAGGGGUGGGCUCAGGACCUGGGCCCCAAAUGGAUGAGGUGAGAAGGGAAGCCCGGGCCACAGGCCCAGCCGUACCAGACAGAGGCCACAAGGGGCUCUUCCACCCAGGGCCUGGGGGUUGAGGACAGGACCCUGGACACUGGUGUUACUCCCCAAGGCCACCAGGGGGCAGCCGCCACCCACUGACAGCCACAGGAGGGGAAGGUCUGGGCAGCAGAUCAAGGAAGGCAGAGCAGUCCACUCUGCACUCUGGCCCUGGUUCCAUGGUCCUGGGCCUGCUGUCCAUUAUCCCUGCACACCACCCGUCAGCACUGACGGCCAGGCCCUAAGUGUGGGUGGUGUGAGUGUGUGUUUGGAAGCCCUGAGCACAGAGGCGCCCUCUUCCAAAGCAGAAGGGCAGGACUCUGGGGCCUGCGGGAGUUGGGGGUGGGAGUCCCAGGGUGUCCUGCCACCACAGCCCACCUGGGAGAAUCCGUCAGCAGAACAGGCUAAGGUCACCCAGGAGGUCUCAGCACGUCUUAAGUCGAUUAAUAAAAUCAUGCUUCAAGAAGGUCA